AUGACCUCGCGGACGCCUUAUAACAGUCUCUAUGAGAAACUCAAGGUUUACUUGGUUAGAAAAGGCAAAAUUUAUCAAUUUAUUUCUCAAUUACCUUGCCUUUAUCGAUUUCAAUGGGUCCGCGGAUGGAAAAGCUAAAACUGAAUUUAUUCAGUCUUGUAUUUUUUGAAGAAUGUAUGAAGCCUUCUACGACUCCAUGAUUUUUGAAUAUUUUGUGAUUUUGAAAACUUCAGUUCUUUUCUUCUCGCGUUUUUUUUUUUGAAAAGUUCAAAUUUUGUACCGGAAAGCGUGCUGCCGCAUGUUCGCUCCAUGGCUAACUUUUUAAAUUUUCUUCAUUUUUUCGUAGUUAGAGCCUGGAGAUCAUCUUCUAGGUGGAAGUCUCGAAAUGAGAGCGACCACUUCGAAUGAAGACUUUAUACAGAUUGUUUCUAGAUUUCAAGAUAUUUUUUUUAAGAAAGUCGAGCAAGAGAAUGUGUGUUGUGUGCAUGGGACGCCGUGCGAACUUGGCAAAACGGCGGAAAACGACGAACAGUACGUGAAUCUCGGCGCGAGUCAGCAGGAUGACCUCAUGUCCACCCUCGCCAAGCGUCUUGGGUCAGGUUUUCGACUUGGUGACAGAAAGAUCAUUGAGAGAAAGAGCUCCGUCAAAAGAGCUUCAAAAAAGGUUUUCCUAGAAAGUUCUUCAGCUUCGAACGUCUUUUUGAUCAAUUAGCCAAUCUGGUUAUAUGCCGACUGUUCGAUUUCUGAACUUCUCGGUAAAGUUGAGAGUCUCAAUUUUCAGAAGCGCUUCCAAGAUACAGAGCUCUGAAAGUAUUCUAAUAAGUUUUCUAGUUUUUCAGAACUUUGGCCGUCGAUGAGGAAAAGAAGGCAAAAAAUAAACCGGAAGUUGAGAGGUGAGAAACUUGAAUUUUUCUCCUUUCUACUAAAAGUCAUCACUUUGAUUUGUUGAUUUCUUUAAGUUUCCUUAGAGGCAUUUUGUUAAAAAUUUGAAAGAAGUGCACAAGAGAAAGGAAUCGCAAAAAAAAAGAAAUAAAUACUCAAUAUAUUUUUGCAGCAUUCAAGCGCUGCAGGGAGGGAACGAAGAAUCGGCCAAAAAGAAGAAACGAACCUGCUCUGAACGGGAAUCGAGCAUCCGGACCAGCGACCUCAACGACAAUCGCUCCUUUGUCGUUCUCGGACGCCAAACUCUGCCCGAUGUCAAUUAUUACGACACAAAGUAAGCAUUCUUCUCCAAGAGAAGAUCAGUUCAAAAGGGUAUAUGAAAAGGUAGCUGCGAAAAACGAGCCAGCGGAAAAAGUGCCAAAGAAAAGCGGGUUGCGAGAAUUUUUUCCCGAGCUUGACGCCCAAAGAGGCGCCGCUAUGGUCUGUCCAAUUUUGGAUGUCAAGUCGUCACUCAAGCUCCGCCCCCUAAAGGCACGAUAAACCAAUCAGAGAGCGAGACAUCUACAGAGCGUUUUCGAAUGACGUCAUUGUACUUGUCAUCCAAAAACUGAAAGACUGUGUUUUUGUUUCGCCCAAAGUCUGCCGAAAAAUUUGUCUAACCCAUGAUAUUCCUUCAAUCUCUUACCGAAGAUUUUUUAUGUACUCCUCCAACCUGUCUUUCAGUUUCAGAGCGCCUCCGGCCGCCGGCCCUAGAGGGCUGAAGAACACGCUCGCCUCAGAUGUGCCAGCUCCUCUGGGCGAUGCUAUGUAAUUUACCUACGAUUUUCUGUCACUAUUUCUACUCUAGGUCGAUUUAUCUUGGUGUGAUGAACUACGCGGACGCCGAGAGCAGCGUCGGUCGACGUUCCGAUUUCCGUCUUUACCAUCAGGUUAAUAAUAAUAGCAAUUUUCCGAUGGAAUUUGGCUGAGACGUACUUAUUAGCAAUAAGAAAGUUCGAAUGAAUAAGAAAAGUUUCUUCAAGCUUUCGAGCCGCGCCGAGCUCGACGACCUUCAUGAGCAGUUGCCGCUGAUGAUUGUUUACAAAACGGCCAACGGUUCUUAUCGGUUCGGCCUUUUCUCCCGAUAUUAAUACCCCUUUUCCCUUUCUAGACACUAUCCGAUCCGAUCGGAACUUGACUCUGACGGAUCACCACAGUAUUCGGUUGAUUACGGUAAUUUGGCCGCACGCAGACAUUCUUCCCUCAACCAAUUAGUCAAAUAUUAUCAGGUGUAACAUUUCCUAACAUUUUAUAAUUGACGAGCUUCUAGAUCUACGUGUUCCACCAUCCGAAAUAUUCCGCGUACGCCGAUCCGUUCCCCUGGUGGCUCAACUGA